UCGACUACAAUCACUUCCUGGUUACGAGCGCAAGGGGGGGAAACAGACAGCUCACAUUUGAUCGAACGUUGAAAACGGAGUAUUUGUUCACCUGUGGAUUACGCGCUUUUAUAUGUAUUUAUUUUUUUCAUGAUAAUUUAGCCAUAAAUGACCUGACUGACGAAUGACACGACGUCGCCGAUGCUUACAUAAUAAACAGGCGACGCGGCGUUGCGCGUUGUUGAAACUACAAACGAAAAGCGCCACGUCACGUAUAGGUGAAGGAGUUGUGGAACCCGAGAAAUUAGACGAACCCCCGGUUUUGGCCCAGGGAUUAGACGGUGACAUUUAAACUUUGUAGCACCCCCGUGACUUUUUUUGGCUGUUUUACAUUUGCAUACCGGGAGGAACGACGAGUCGCUCGACUGUUCAAAGAUGACGGCGUCCAACUGGGGUCUCAUCAUGAACGUGGUGAACAGCAUUGUCGGCGUUAGCGUGCUCACCAUGCCCUUCUGCUUCAAACAGUGUGGGAUCGUGCUGGGAACUCUCUUGUUGUUCCUUUGCUCCUGGAUGACCCACAAGUCGUGCAUGUUUCUGGUUCACACCGCUAGCAACACCAAACGAAGAACCUACGCUGGCUUGGCUUUCCACGCUUAUGGCAAACCUGGAAAAACUCUGGUGGAAACCAGUAUGAUUGGGUUGAUGUUGGGAACCUGUAUUGCCUUCUAUGUGGUCAUUGCGGAUUUGGGCUCAAAUUUCUUUGCUACGCUGUUGGGUUUGCAGGUGACUGGCAGUUUUCGUGUGAUCCUGCUGAUCGCCGUGUCUUUGUUCAUCGUCCUUCCUCUGAGCCUGCAGAGGAACAUGAUGUCCUCCAUUCAGUCCUUCUCGGCCAUGGCGCUCAUCUUCUACACAUUUUUCAUGUUUACGAUGGUGCUGUCCUCAUUCAAACAUGGGCUGCUCAGCGGCUGGUGGCUAGGGCAGGUCAAUGUGGUGCGCUGGGAGGGGGUGUUUCGCUGUCUCCCCAUCUGUGGGAUGGCCUUCGCCUGUCAGUCGCAGGUGCUGCCGACCUACGACAGCCUCGACGAGCCAUCCGUCAAACGCAUGAGCACCAUCUUUACGUCUUCACUCAACGUAGUCACCGUCUUCUACAUCACUGUGGGCUUUUUUGGCUAUGUCAGUUUCACAGAGAACAUUGCAGGCAACGUGUUGAUGAACUUCCCUUCCAACUUGGUGACAGGGAUGCUCCGUGUGGGCUUCAUGAUUUCCGUGGCCGUCGGCUUCCCACUGAUGAUCCUGCCUUGUCGCCAGGCCAUCAACACCAUGCUCUUUGAACAACAGCAAAAAGACGGGACCUUUGCUGCCGGUGGAUACAUGCCUCCUCUGCGCUUCAAGAUGAUCACCCUCAGUAUCGUGUUCGGCACAAUGCUGGGAGGCAUUCUCAUCCCCAAUGUGGAAACCAUUUUGGGUCUGACUGGAGCCACCAUGGGUAGCCUCAUCUGCUUCAUUUGCCCUGCUCUCAUCUACAGGAAGAUCCAGAAGAAUGGCAUCAUAGCUCAGCUGGUGCUUUGCGUGGGAUUGGGUAUCCUUCUCAUCAGCACUUUCACCACCCUGACGAUCUCAGCCCAGAACCCCAGCACUAAAGUUCAAGCUCCUCCGCCCCCAGCACCUGACAAGAACAGUCUGCACCUACCAGACAUUGUGGAGAUACACGACAAUCCUCCAAACAGGCUAAUGGAAAUAGACCAACCUGACCCCCAAGCCGUGGAGUUGAUGCAACCUGACAAUCGGGAGCAAGAGGAAGCCCCCCAGAUUAAAGGACCAGUGGAACUGCCCGAGAGCAAGAAGGAGGAAGAGGUGCAGUUGGACCGCCCUAAUGCUGGAGUAGCUGUCCCAGAGGGAGAGGCCCACCGUCACGAACCACCUAUCCCGCAUGACGAGGUCCAGAUAGAUACCAGAAAGAACAAUGCAGAGUUAGAGGAGGAAAAGAAAAACAUGGAGGUGAAAGAAAACAAAAGAGAUGUAGCGCAAGAUGGAGGUCACCCCGUUGAUAUAGGAGGCAAAAAGGAGGAGGGGGAUAGUCAAGACAAGCAGAAGCAAGCAAUUGUGGUUGUGAAGAAAGAGGAAGUGGACCUGGGUGGAGGUGAAGUCCAGUCCAAUGAGGUGCUUGAGAAUGUGGCUGAAGAAGCAGGAAACAAUCAGCAUAUUCUCCCCUUAAAAGAUGUGGAGCAGCUAGAUUCUGUGAAAGACCCCCUUGCUCCCCUUGCCAAUCAGGCUGCGGUGGAGCGAGCAGAGAAUGCGGACAAAACUGUUGAGGUUGCUGGGAAACCACCUCCUGCUGGUGAAGAAGCUGCACUUGCAGACAGCAAAGAUGCAGCAGAUGACAAGAUGGAGGUGAUAAAAAAGCUGGUUGCAGAGGGCCAGCUGGAUCACGCAGUCCUUCUGCAGGUCAUCAAGGAGCAACAGGAGCAACAGAAGAGACUUCUUGACCAGCAGGAGAAGCUUCUGGCAGUCAUAGAAGAACAGCACAAGGAAAUCCACCAAAAACAACCAGGUGGUGAGCCGGAGAAAGGCCUCCAGGAACACGAGGAAGAGGCAGAAGGAGGAGCGGUAAAGCCCAGAGAGUCGGAGCUGGCCGCAGACGUCAAGGAUGCAGCAGGAGCCGAGGCUCAGCAAGCUGUUGUUGCCAACCCUCAUGUUGUGGUCCAGAAUGCAGGUCAGGCUGAGAACAAGGGAGCAGAGGUAGCAAUAUUAAAUGUUCCAGCAGCUUACAAAGAAAACAACCCAGAUGCGCCCAAAGCUGAGUCCCAUCAGCAGAGUGAGCUUGGGACGAGAGGAGUGCCCUUAAUGAGGAACAUACCUGAGGGCCAUCAGCCUGUAGCCCAAAAUGAAAAGGUAGCCCAUCUUAAAGAUGAGGAGCACAAGAUGGACGAGGAAAAAGAGAACAUGAAACAAAGAGAGAAGGACAAUGAGGCCCGGGUUAGACUGGAACAAGAACAACUUGAUAGGGAGCUUAAGGAAAAGGUGGCCAGAGAACAGGAGUUGGAAAACAAGAAAGCAGAAAGAUUAGAAAAAGAACAUCAGGAGAGAGAAGCACAGGAAAAGCUGGCCGCAGAGCAAGAGAGACUUGAGAGAGAAAAGAUAGAGAAUGAAGUACAGGCCCGGGUGGAAAAGGAACGACAGGAAAGGGAGAAGAGAGAAAAAAUGGAGAAAGAGAAGGCACUAAAAGAGGUAUUAGCACAGGAGAAGGCUGCCAAGGAGAGACGCCAGCAGGAGAUUAAGAAAGCAGACAAUGAAAUAGUUGAGAGGGAAAAAAAGAAGGCGCAGGAGAGGUUAGCCCUACUGGAGCGAGACCUGGAAGUCCAAAACGCUGCACAGGAGGCUCAGAGAAAAGACAGCGAAGCUUUGAAGAAAGGAGGACGAGACCUCAAAGAGAACGUUGCUGCUCAGGCGGACCCCAGAGAGGGUGCCGAAGAAGGGGCCGUCAAAGCCCAGGCUCACCCUCAGGGCUCCCACGAGAGAGCGAGGGACGAGGGAGAGAUGGAUUUAAAGCGGAGGCGCAGGGCCGUGGAGGGUCUGAAGAUGCCCGAGGUGCCCAGGGCAGUGCAAGGGCUGGAGCCCCUGCUGGACCUAGGGGGCAGUGACCUGCAUGUAGCCCUGGAGGAGAAGCUGCUCGCUGGGGCCAUGAUGCACUCACGGCAGAUUAAGCAGACCGCUGAGGAUAAGGAGAUGAAAUAACACAUAUUCUCUUUUACACUUCUACCUGUACACCCUCCAAAAAAAUUGUGGAGACUUUGUUGCCUUAUCUUCGCUACUGCCUUCACAUUUGUUACAAAGAAAUCCCAAUAC